CAUGAACAAAAGUCACAGUAGGGCCAGGCUCAUGAAGGGACGUAAACGUUUUCAGCGACCCAGAUAGCUAUACCUGUUGUUGAUAAGGGGUAGCAACUAGCACUAGAUCCGACAUAUAUAUCUUCUCAGUGUUAAAUUUUCAAACGAUGGGUAACAAGCCUUCAGCCGAGUCUGAGGGUGUUGCAUGCUUUCACUGCAUACGCCCUCUUCCGCCCAACCAGUAUCAAUUCGAGCACAUAGGCGACCAGCUGUAUGUUUUUUACGAAACUCACUCUCCUUCGGAGUGCUAUGGAGUAGAGUUCCGAGACACGGCAAGCGGGCUGAGCGAUUCAGUCACCGGCUUGUGCACUUUGACGCGAACGCUAGCCUACUUUCGGCCUGGCACGGAGAAACCAGAUGAACCCUACCGCUAUUUGUGUCCUGGCUGUUUCGUCAAGCACGCGAAACCGAUACAGCGGCGCCUGGCUAACCGCAUCUGCUCGCCAGGCGGCGUGCCCAUGAUAGGUUUCCCCUUUGAGGACACCUCCGGG